UACUAAUUUCUAUUUUAAUUGUAGGCAUAAUGAUUAAGCUUUUCAAAGUGAAGGAAAAGCAAAGGGAGAUGUCAGAAAAUGCCAAUGGAAGGGCACCUGUCAAGAAACAAAGUGCAGGGGAAUUGCGUCUUCAUAAAGAUAUUGGUGAGCUGAAUCUACCCAAAACAACAACCAUAUCAUUCCCCAAUGGAAAGGAUGACCUGAUGAAUUUUGAGAUCACUAUUCGACCUGAUGAAGGAUAUUAUUUGGGUGGAAUAUUUGUGUUCACCUUCCAAGUCUCUCCUGUGUACCCUCACGAGGCCCCAAAAGUCAAGUGCAAAACGAAGGUCUAUCAUCCUAAUAUUGAUUUGGAGGGAAACGUCUGUCUCAACAUUCUUCGUGAAGAUUGGAAACCAGUUCUGAAUAUAAACACUAUAAUCUAUGGAUUGAAUCACCUUUUCACGCAACCCAAUCAUGAGGAUCCCCUCAAUCAUGAAGCGGCCGCAGUCUUGAGGGAUAACCCUAAGAUGUUCGAAUCCAAUGUUAGAAGGGCAAUGGCUGGUGGAUAUGUGGGUCAAACUUUCUUUCCUAGGUGCAUGUGACAGAUCCUGGUGACAAAUCUCAACUGCAAUAAUAUUUUCGACGCUUGAAGGUCCAAAAAGCUGUAAAUUUGGUCGAAGAACAUCCUUCGCUGUGGCCUUCUUUCAAGAAGGUUAUUGAUUUCUCAGAACCCCCCAUCCCCCCCAUACAACUGAAAUCCACAGAAAAGGUGUUUGAAUGCCGUUGUAACUUCUUUAUGUAUUUGUGAUAACUGGGAAAGACGAUGUUUUCCUUGCUUUUUAUUUUGAUCAUGAAUAUGGAGUGAACUUGGGCUUGAGACAUAAGACAUGUAUGCCUCUUUAUUGCAGCUCUUUGUUACAAUUCUUCUGGAUAUUUCUGCA